AUGGAUAUCGGUUGGAAACGGAAGGCUGCACAGACUGAAACCGUUCGCUCCCCUGCUGUCGCUGGCAGUUUCUAUCCGGAUUCGCCGCAGGUCUUGUCUGCUCAGGUGGGAAAAUUCAUUGAUGAUGCGGCGUUGAAAGAAACCAACGGCGAACUCAUCGGGCUCAUCGUGCCUCAUGCCGGUUACGUCUACUCUGGUCAUGUCGCAGGAUACGCGUACAAGCAGUUGAUGGGGCAGUCUUUCGACACGGUGGUGCUUGUCGGAUUAAGCCAUCGCUACCCAAUCAGCGGCGCAGCGAUUUAUGCGCGUGGCGCGUUCCGCACACCGCUUGGGGAUGUCCAAAUUGACGAAGAUCUCGCGAUUGAGAUUAUGCGUCUGAACAGCGAGAUCAUCGACCUGCCACCGGCGCAUGCAAACGAGCAUAGCCUCGAAGUGCAGCUGCCCUUUCUACAGUACCUCCUCUCCGACUUCCGUAUCGUUACCAUCUUGUUGCAAGAUGAUUCCCCGGAAAAUGUCAUUCCCUUGAGCCAAGCGAUUGCAGAAGCGAUGGGCGAUCGAUCCUGCCUGCUGAUUGGGAGCACCGAUCUCUGUCACUAUCCUACCUACGAAGAAGCGCGAAGAUCAGAUCAGGUUGUUAUUGAAGCGAUUGAGUGCUUUGAUCCCGACUACUUGCGCAAUCAAAUGGAUGGAUAUAUGCAGCGUCAGCCUGUCCAGGAUCUUCACUGCAUGAUGUGCAGCACCGGCGCAAUCUAUACGACAAUGCGAGCGGCGAAAGCGUUGGGUGCGAAUCGGAUUGAGGUGCUGGAAGCAGCAAACUCCGGCGAUGUUCCCAUCGGGGGGCGGGAUCAGGUGGUUGGAUAUAUGGCGGCGGGGAUUUAUCGGUAA